AGGCGACGCGCGAGCCAUCGAGAGUCCGCUCCCGUCUGUCCGUCCCGUCCGUCCGCGCGCGUGUGCGUGCGUGUGUGUGUGUGUGUGAGUAACGGCUAACCUCUCGGGGUGGCGCACACGUUACAGGCCUAACGAUGGCUUCAGAAUUUGACGCUGAACAACGCCGUGGUAGAUGACCAUAUUCAUCACUACGCUGCCAUGGGGGACUCUGAUUCCGAGUCAGUGCGAACUGCUAAAGAAUUAUCCAAUAAUUCACCAAAGUCUGCAGCUCAUAAAAAAGUUGAAUAUAAUUCCACUGGACAACGCACAGAUAACGCACCAUUUGCAAGCAGGAGUUGCUCCCCUUUACAUGCCAAUCUAAGGAAAAAUUUGCUGUCGAUUAAUCCCAGUUCUCUGGAAACCUUGACUGCUUUAAUGCAAGAGAUUCAGAACACGAGUGGGGCAGAACCAGAGGUGCUGAAGAACUGUGAGGCUCGGUGGCUGCAGCUCUUUAAAUUGGUGGAGAAGCAAUACCAAGAGCAGAUCUUGUCUCAGCAGGACCAAUAUCAAUGUCAGAUCCAACUUAUCCAAGAUGAAAUCAAAGCAUUGGUUCAGUUACAAAAUGAUAGCGGCAGCGCACGCUGCACAGCCAGAUCAUCUGGCUUUUCAAAAUCUGCCAAUGAUUCCCCUGCAUCAGGGGCUGUCAAUGGCCACCGUUCCCGAUGUCUGGAAUGUGAAAGGGAAUCUAACCACUGUGAAGCAGAGAAAUGGCUGCUGGCUGCCGGUCCAUGCAGACACGAGGGGAAGGAAUUGACGAAUCACACACUCACAAGUGGGUACGGGACGGUUUCAUUUUCCACUGAUUCCAGUUUUCAGCCAGGUGUCGCGGAUCAGAACAGAUUGAUUGCCGAGAACAAUAAAUUGACUGUGAAUGAAAGAGAUUCAAUUCAACAUAAUCCGUUCAGUUUUUCUAGUGCUAAUGAAAAUAGUUCGGGAUCAUUUAUGUUGUUCCAUGAAGACGAGCCACCAUUUACAUUCAAACCACGUAACGCAUCAAUUCAACAAUUAAAGGCCAACGAUGAACGUAAAACAAAAUCUACUUCGGAAAGUGCAGCAAAUGCAGAAAACCUCCCUGCAGAGCAGAACAGGACUGUUAGUUUGACGUCUUGGGCACAGAAGGUGAAACAGAAGAAUCGGAAGGCAGAAUCUCUAACUGGAUGUCUAGCAGACAAAAUGCAGCCACAGGGAUCUAUACAGCUACCAGAGAGCGUAAUGCCACAAGAUGUUCACCCAGCAUCGGUAAGCUCAUCCCAAUGUUCCUUCUACCUCAGCAGACCUUCCAGUAGUCCAAACUCUUUGGUGUCUAAUGUAUCAGGGCUAACGUAUUGGAGGUUGGAUGAAGGGGAGCUGUAUCGCUCUUUACCCAAGAAUAAGAAGUCUGACCUCGCUGAUCUCUUUUCGCCCUCUAAAGGCAUUAAAGAUGAUCAGUCUCGUACAGACUCCCGAUGGCAGGCUCCUUCAUUGAAGGAGAUUUAUCAGACGAGGCAGAAGGAUGUAAAGGGGAUACCGGGCCGCCAGUCUGUUUCUCCACGUCCACAUCAGUCUUCCCCAGAGGUAUUAACACUUGAUCCUACUCUACAUAUGAAGCCGUCUGCAGGGUUUCCUCCGCAUUGCCAUUUCAAUCCGCAAAUGGCCGUUUCAGAAUUAGGUUCCAGGACUUCUGUUAGUCCAGACUCUAUGAUGGAAACAGCCUCACAAAAUCACUUUGAUCCCAAUUCUGAUUUGUGUGUCGAUGGCACUGCAUCUCCGUAUUCAAGCAGCUCGUCCAAAUUUUCCCAGCAAAAAUCUCCGUCACCUUUACAAAGCUGGAAACUCCAUCUAACUUCACAGCCUUUAUCUGAUAACAGUCAACGUGCCGUCUCCUUAAAGCAAGUCAGCAAGGCAAGUUCAUCUCUUGAGCAAGGGGAGGAGAGCAGUUCAACACUGACUCCACCGUCUGUGUCCUGCAUUGGGCAGUCAGGGAUUUGCAAUAAUCAUAGUGGAUCACUGGAGCACAGUGCCUCUGUGUCGUCACUGGAAGAUCCCAUCGCACUAUCCAUUGCUCGACUAAACCUGCGUGAGAAACAUGCGCGCCAUGUGGCCGACAUUCGAGCCUACUACGAGGCCGAAAUCAACAGCCUUAAGCAACAAUUGGAAACCGUAAAUGGAUCCUUUACAUUAAUUGAAGCUGAAAAGAAACAUCAGAAUCUUUUAGCAAGAUGUGAACAACUAGAAAGAGCUUUAACUGAAGCUGGGAGCCAUAUCCGAGCCCUGGAGAACAAGAACCACUUGAUGGAAAUGCAGUUGGGUGAUUGGCCAGGACGCUACGAUGCAGUUAGUACUGCAGCACAGGCUUUACAGCAACGACUUGAGGAAAUGCGAAAAGGCAACAAGGAGAAAGACAACACCAUCAAUAAGCUGAAUGCCAGGCUUAAAGACCUAGAACAAGCAUUUCAGAAAGCCUACAAACACUCUGAUAAUAAGGAGGCCAGAAUGAAACAAGAGCACAAAAUGUUACAAGAUUUGCUUGUUGAAUACGAGUCACUUGGAAAAGAGCACGAGCGAGUAAAGGAAACUCUAAAUAUCACAGAGGACAAGCUCUUUGAUGCAAACUCUCAGAUAUCCGAUCUUAAAAGGGUGGUUUCAAAGCUUGAGGCUCAAAUUAGACAAGUAGACCACGAGAGAAACUAUAUGAAGGGUCGCUCUGGGGCAGAUGGCUGUUCACGGACAUCAAGCAACAGUGUUUUCCAUCACCCUGAAGCACAUCAUUCUCCUCCACAAACUCCUGCUGAAAACAUGGUUGCCAGGCGCAAGUGGCUGACUCCAGGCUCUGACUAUUCCUUCUUCACAGGACAACCCCUGGAGAGCAGUAGCGAGGCUGGGAACAAGCUUGAAGAGAGCCACCUACACCCCAGAAGGUACCACUCUCCUCCAGAGAAGGAUCCUCCUUGCAGUGGACAAAGUCUAUCAAAUGACAAGGAUGAACAACUCACUCCCAUUCUGAGGGCAUUAAGAAAGAUGGACGCGAGAAAAGCUGAGAACCGGGGAAUCCAAGCACUGGUGAAUGAGACCCCUGAAGGGGGGGAUGGCACAGCAAGCCUGAAUCGCAAGCAAACUGUCGGGUUUGUAGAUUAUCCGUACAGCAGAGGCCAGACUGCGGGGAGCUAUAAGGAGAGAACCAGAUCCAAAAACAGCAGCUCACCCCCAGGUCAGAGAUCAUCAUCUCUGCCUCCUUCAAGCAGAAAGUCAACACCCACGUCCACACCAACUAAAAGAAACACUUUGUUGACACCUUUGUCUGCAAAAUCCAGCCCCAAGCGCUGUCCCAAAGAAAACUUGUCACCUGGGUUAAACCACCUUCUUGGCAAAGAGGAGAACACACAGACCAGGUUUGAUGUGAAUUUGAACGAUGUGGAGACUUCAUCGCCAGUUCCCUCCCGCAAUUCCAGUCCAAGGAAGAGACUUCAAUUCUGCCCACUGGAAAAUACAGAGGGAAGCCAGAAUUCAAGGUUUCAUGCUGAUGAUGGCUUUCAGCCGGACUCUCGCUCGGAAUCCAUUCUGCACGCAGUGAAGCUGGGGGUUGUUACCAGUCGGGCAGACUGGGAAGAUCGGACCACAACCCUUCUUCAGCCAGAGAAACCCAGUUUUGUGCUGCAAACACCAUACGCAACUGAACUCACCUAUAAAGCUCAAUUGGAGACACUGGGGGAAACAGAGAAACUUUUUGAUGAACUUACUCAAGAAAAGCAACAGAUUGAGUCCGCAUUGAGUCGUAUGCCUGGUUAUGGGGGAAGAAUGACUCUCCAAGCAAGGCUUGAAAAGGAAGCUUUGGAAAAUCGCUUGGAAAAGAUCAACCGAGAUUUAGGAUCCAUCCGUAUGACGUUGAAGAGAUUUCAUAUUCUACGGACAUCUGCAAAUUUGUAAAAACUUUUAUCUCAUUAGUUAUUUUGACCAAAUCAUCUCUUGCACUAAAAUUUUAAAUAGUAUGCACAAUUAUCGCUGGCAGAAUGCUGGAUAAUUUUGGAUCAACUUAAGAUUGAAUUAUAGCCUUAAUAUGUAUAUAGGUCACAUUCUUUAUGUAAAGUAAAACAUUCUGUGCCUUUGUAUGGACCAUAGCCCAUAUUUCACAAUUACUUUUGUACAAUUAAAUAUUGGAGCCAAGAGUUGUAUAAGGUAUAUUUUAGUAAUGUUUAGCGAAUGCACAUGAUGAUACUUUUGUAAACUAUGGUAACAUCUACAAUUGGUUACCCUUAACCUGUGUAUAUAAGUGUUAACCAUAGUCUGUCAGGAAAUAUUUUGCUGUCCUACAGUAUUAGUUUUUCAAAGAAUUUAUAUUUUAUAUU